AAGAAGCGGCGGCGAAUGGAGGAGCACGAGGAGUGGGAGCCGCUGUGGAGCGCGCGGGGCAGCCCGGCCACCUCGUCGGCGGGAUCCCUGGAGGUGGCGGACGAGCUGGACGAGCAGCAGAGCCCGCCCGCCGGCGGCAGGAGCAUGGUGGUGUUCGUCGCGGUGCCGGAAGAGGUCAGCGACGGGAGGAGCACGCUGCUGUGGGCGCUGCACAACUUGGUCAGGGACGGUUCCAAGGUCGUGAUCGCUCAUGUCCACAGCCCUGCACAACUGAGGGAUCAAGCCAGCAUUAAACCUGAAGGAAUCAAUGAGUACAGGAAGCUGAAGCGAGCAAAGGCCGAGAAGAACUUAGAUGCGUAUAUUCUGAUAGCAAAAUGCGCCAGGGAGGAUAUAGAGGUUGGUUGUGAGAAAGUAAUAAUUGAGACAGAUAAUGUUGCUAAAGGACUUGAAGAACUCGUCACCCUUCAUAACAUAACCGAUCUUGUAAUGGGAGCAGCUCCAGAUCGACACUUCUCAAAAGAAAUGAACACACCAAAGUCAAUGACAGCACUAAGGCUUAUGGAGACAGCUGCUCCAUCGUGCAAGAUAUGGUUUACUUGUAAAGGGCAUUUGAUAUGUACCAGGGAAGCAACUGAAGGCCUUCCUGUAAUACCUGCAUCACCUGCAAAAAAUGCAACAGAGGCACCAGCAUACAACAUUUCAAACCAAAUGGGAUCAAUGGCACUCACUGAGUUGGAAUACGAAGUAUCAAGCUCCAAAGGAUACACUUCAAGCUCAUUGGUUGCAACAGAAAUGACGGAUUGGGAUUAUCUUUUCGGAGAUUGGGGGAUGAUAGUGUAUGGAUCAUCAAGAAUUGAUGAUGAUACUAAUUUCUCCGGAACUGCUACUCAACAUCCAAUUAUUGGAGACACAAAUGAACUAAUGCCAGUGGUGCAUUCUUCUACACAAGAAUCUGAUAAUGUCUACUUGCUGCUAGCAUCAGCAUAUAAUCAGGAAGACCAACCCAGUGUAGAUGAAGAAAUGUAUGAGAAACUUCAAGAUCUGUGUAUUGAAGCUAAGCUGCUGAAGGAUCAAGCUGAUGAUGAAUCUAACAAAAUACGCAAAACUGAAAUGGACCUGCAUUCAGCACUUCAAAGAAUUAAAGAAUCAGAAGAUUCAUAUCUUCAAGAGGUGAGCCAGCGAAAAGAAAUUGAGAAGACUCUUGCUAGACAGAGGCUGCAGAUUGACAAAAUGAGAAGACAACAAUGCAUAUUAUCUGAUGAAUUACAGGAUUCAAAAAAGCAUAACCUUAUGCUUGAACAAUGUAUAACACAAAUGAAGUCUGCUGCAAAAGAUCACAUUGAAGAAAUUACCAAUUAUUUUAUAAAACAAUCAUGUGAAGAAUCUAAGAAACGCCAAAAGAUCAAAAUGGAUCUGCUUUCAACACUUCAGAGAGUAAGCGCUUUGUAUCAGGAGUCUAUGGUUCAACUAAGGAAGUUCGUGAUAAAAAAAUCUGAAGGAUCAUUACAGGUGAAAGAGAUGGAGAGUUUGCUCCAAAACGAGAAGGUACAGAGGGAAUACAUGGAGGAGAAGAUAGCAAGACAGAGGACAGAGAUUGAAGAAACAAAAAGGCAACGAGAUCAACUGUAUUACGACUUACAAGAUGUAAAAGAGCAGAGGCUCAGACUGGAACAAGUGGAUGUGUCUGAAGAAACUAACAGAAGAAAAGCUGAAAAAGAUCUACUCUCAUAUCUUCAAAGGAUUAAAGACCUGGAGCAUCAGCAUAUACAUCAGUUGAAAGAAAAGGAAAGAAUGGAGGAGACAAUGGCAAGGCAGACGGAAGAAAUUCAAGGAGCAAAAAGAAAGCUACAUGAGAUGCAUAGCAAACAUAUGACUGAAAUCAAGUCCACUGUGAACGUUCAUGAAGAAAAGCUUGCAAACAGCAAACAGCUUCUUCAAGAGCUCCAAGCAAAGAAUGAAAAUUUACUCCACGAGAGAGAUGCUGCAGUGACAGAAGCGAAAGAGUUACGCCAAAAGAACAAAAAAAGAGCCUCAAUGAUAACUGAAACUCCGAACACUGAGUUCUCAUUUGCCGAGCUGCAGAAAGCAACCAACGGAUUUGAUGAAGAAUUUAAGAUUAGUGAAGAUGAAUUUGCAAGGAUCUAUAAAGGUUUCAUCCGCAACACAAAUGUAGCAAUAAAGUUGUUCCAUCCACAAAGCUUAAAAGGACAAGCAAAGUUUUAUCAAGAGGUUGCUGUCCUCAGUAGAGUCAGGCAUCCUAAUCUCAUAACACUGAUAGGAGCAUGCCCAGACGAUUUCGCGCUGGUGUACGAAUUCCUCCCAAAUGGUACCCUCGAGGACUGGCUUUCAUGCAAGAAAAACAUGCCACCUCUGACAUGGAAGGUGCGCACAAGGAUCAUUGGGGAGAUAUGCUCAGCUUUGGCUUUCAUCCACUCACAGAAGCCUUAUCCAAUUGGUCACGGUGAUCUAAAUCUGGGAAACAUUCUCGUAGAUGCCAACUUCGUCAGCAAGCUGGGAGACUUGGGCAUCUGCCACCUCCACAGACAACCUGACUUACCGACCACCAACCUUCAACGUUACCCUACAAAGAACCAUAAAGGGACACUUUGUUAUAUGGACAAUGGUGAAUUCAAGACAGCUAGGGAGCUCAUGCUGUGGUCCGACGUGAACUCAUUCGGCAUUAUCAUACUUCGCUUACUGACGGGGAGAUCACAGCAACAGAUUGGUGAAAUUGUGGAAGAAGCAAUGGAGAAAGGAAACCUGCAUUCCAUCAUUGAUGCCUCUGCAGGGGACUGGCCAUUUACGCAGGCAAACAAGAUGGCACAUCUUGGUCUUAGAUGCAUCAACUUGAGCUGGGGACGCCAGCCAGAACUUGCUGGGGAAGUAUGGGUGGUGGUCGAGCAACUGAUGAAAGCCGCUAGCCUGACCACUGGGUCAUCUCAAUUUGAAUCACCCUCCGAUGCUCCACCUCCAUCACACUUCAUCUGUCCAAUUUUUCAGGUUAGUGAUCUACCAAAUCCACAUGGAUUUAAUAAAAAAGCCGCAUGAACCAAUGAUGUGCCA